AUGGCACCAACAGCCACCAGACUGCCUGCUCAGGCCGCAAGAGCAAUGCAAGCUGUCAGUCCCGUGCAGGGUGUCGUAGAUGAUUGGACUAACUGGGAAAGGUUCCGGGAAAAGGUGGUUCAAUACAGCAUCACGACUCUAGAUGCUGCAUUAUGGACUUGCAUAAACACAACUGUCUUGUUCAUCAUGGCGUUUGUUGGCGUCGUUUCCUACUUGUUUAUCGAACCAAUCAUCAAAACCUUCGCCCCAUACUUUACAAAACCAUUCAAAUUCCAAAAGGGAUCCACAACCGUCGCAAUUCAGCCUUCUCUCAUAUCGUCAUCAACCCCAGACUUUUUCCCUGCUUAUACCAGAUACUUGUCGUCGGGCGGUUGGGAAACUCUAGGUCCCAAACUGGCUGAUGCUAGAAAUAUGAAUGAACCGGUUUGGGAUGGUGAUGUGGCUAGAUUCAUGAUACAUCUGAGUGCAUUGAGUUAUGAGCAUCCUGAUGUUGUUGUCAACUUUGCUACCCAAUGGCGCCUCGAAACAGUCAAAAUCCUCCGCAAAUCAUUCGCAUGCCACAUCUUCUACUCGUCCCAAUACAAAUUCGCAACUGUCUGCUUCAAGGGCACAUCCCCCUUCGACCUCUCCGAAGUCCUCACAGACCUAAUGAUGAUGAAGGUCCGUCCAGACGGCGGCGUCAUCCCAGGCCAAGUCCACGAGGGAUUUUAUAAUACCUUCCAGUGGGAUUCACCAACCAGGAAGGAUGAAGCGUGGGCACGUAAACAUCAGUGUGAGGUGGAUGCCAUAUUUAAUUUGUUGAGGUCGACGGUUAUCACGAGGCUGGGAAGUGGGGCUAGUAUUUGGGUUACGGGACAUUCGUUGGGAGGGGCACUGGCCACUGUGUUUUUGUCGCAUAUGACGUAUUUGGCACAGAGUCCGUUGACUAACUCUGCGAGGUUGAGGGCUGCGUAUGUUUUUGGAUCGCCAAGAGUUGGAGACUCUACAUUCGCAAAUAUUACAAAUGCGUCAGUGGCUGCUUCUAAAGCAACAUGCUUCCGUAUUGUAAACGCAAACGAUCUAGUCCCAACCCUCCCGCUCUCAUCAAACAUACCCUUCUCAACAUACAAAUACGCACAAGCUGUAUCCCACGGCAAAUCGCCCAACAUGGUAACCGAUUUCGAGCACGUUGGAACUCCUGUCCUUGUUGGAUACGAUGGAAUUGUUCGAAUGAACGCUGAGCGAAAUUGGGCACUAGCUGGUAAAAAUGUAUUCGGAUGGGCCAUUGAGUGGCCGAGAUUCUUGUUUGAUGUUGUGAGACGUCGAGAGACGCUUGCUUCUUUGGUUGGGAGGAAUCUUAUGUUAUUCCCAUACGAUCAUUCCCCAGCAGAAUAUAAUCGUCAUCUAGCUCCCAAGGUCAAGUGA